CUCGAAAGCCACCAUUCUGGGGAGGCAAUGAGAAGAAAAAUUUAUAACAAUCAAUUUUCUGUUCCAAUAAAUUGUAGCCAUCGUAGCGGGCUUCAGCUGUCAGCAAUGAACAAUCCGACCAUUUUGUAUACAACCAUUUCGUCUACUUCCUCUUCUUCGUUCCCGAGUUUUUCUCACUUUGCCGCUUUCAUUGUUUUUUGCAGUGUUUCUUUUGAUACAGUUGUAGUUUUUUGAACGAAAAAGAGACUUGAUGGAAGGUUGAUUGCAUUGCACAUUGGAUGCAGAUUGCUGAUUGUAAUGUUCUUGAAAAUUUGAAAUAUUUACUUAAACUUGAUUUUUUCUUGCCUUUAAAUCCCAUUGUUUGUUCAUCCUUUUGAGAAAGUCUGGGGGUUGUUUCUGUUAGCUGGAGCAAAUUCAUUCUCUCCCAGAGUGUGGUUUGACACAGUGAUGCGUCUGUUCCAAUUAUUAACAAAGCUAAAUGGUACCUGGAGAGUACUCUAAAAUGAUGCCGCAAGCGGUUUAUAAUGUUGAACUAGUCAGUUCUACGAAGAGCAUAAAACAUGAGUUAUGGCCUCUAGAUGCAAUCGAUCCAGUCCAAGCAAAGUUCCCAUGCUGUUUGGUUUGGACCCCUCUUCCCGUUGUCUCUUGGUUGGCACCCUUCAUUGGCCAUGUUGGGAUUUGCAGGGAGGAUGGAGUCAUAUUGGAUUUCGCAGGAUCAAAUUUUGUGAAUACCAAUGAUUUUGCAUUUGGCCCUGUUGCAAGAUACCUUCAACUUGACAGAGAAAAAUGUUGCUUCCCAACAAGCUUAGCUGCGCAUAAAUGUAAGCAGGGCUACCAGCAUUCACAAUUUGGAACAGCCAUUACCUGGGAUGAUGGCCUACAAUCAAGUAAGCGCUAUCUCGAGCAUAAAUCCUACAACCUUUUCACAUGUAACUGCCAUUCCUUUGUCGCGAAUUGUCUGAACCGCGCAUGUUACGAUGGAUCGAUGAGUUGGAACAUGAUAAAUGUAGCAGCUCUAAUUCUGUGGAAAGGGCAUUGGGUUGAUGGCAUGUCAAUUGUAAGAUCAUUCCUUCCCUUUGUACUGGUGGUCUGCAUGGGCAUUGCCAUGGUUGGGUGGCCCUUCUUGAUUGGUCUGUCUUUGCUUUCUCUCCUGUUGGUUGGUUGGUUUAUUAUGGGUACUUACUGUAUAAAAAGCUUGUUGGAAUGCUAG